AUGGAGCCGCCUUCCGAUUUGAAUAUCAGCCAACCAUUACCAGUUUUUGAAGAACAAUCCGUCGAUUUUGGAGACGACAGCUCACUCUUCUAUUUCUUCAUCAACGCCUCACAGAUCAAAAUCAUGAAAGAUCGAACAAAUAGACACCAAAUAAAGAGUUUAGAUCAGCUUCGACAACCAUUUCUCUACAAUUCGACCGAGAAUUUACCAGAUUUGGACACGAUUAUUGGAAGUCGAACGAUUGCCGAGAUGAGCACCAAGAGAUACGAGUGUUUUCUCCGUGAAAUUGAGAAGAUCGGCUUCCUCAACAUGCUCAAAUUAUUGGACACAUCUUCUACACUUUUUCUGAAUAAUGCAACGGAAUUAUGGGGCACACUUACUUGCAUCAAUACACGCCAUAUUCAAGUACUAGAAAACGAGCACUUGAGGAAAGUUAGAGGAGUAGAAGGCAAGCAGUGGCGACUACAGAAUAUUGCGAGGAUCGACGAUUUGCAGCAGCUUUUAAUAAAAAAUUUGUCACGAACAGUUAACUUCGAGGGUCGACCGAUUGCUUUCGUACAUCCGUGUCACUUGUUGUGUAUAGAGGGAGGUGAGAAUCUCGACACUAUCGAAUACGUACAGCAGUUUAUGAAUGGUUUCUCCGUGCCGCUUCUACGAAAUGAGAAUGUUGACUUCGGGACUAUCUGUCUGCUAGAGUGCGAAAGAGGAUAUUGGGCAAGAGUCAUGGCCCUGUCGGUGAUCAACAAAGGUUUAAAGGUAGUGAAGUGGAAAGUUGCUUGCGUUGAUGGAGGAUUUGACGGCAAAUUUUUAAUAGAAGCACCCACGCAUCAAUUGUUUGUAUUGCCGGAUGAACUCUCACAAGAACUCCUUCCAUCAUCUGUCUUUCUCGUCAAAUUGCGAGCACUUGCUGGGAUUCAAGAAGGAAUGUUUGACUUCGCUCAGCAAACGCUGGAGGAGAUUGUAAAUAACCCCGCGUGCAACAAAAUCGUUGUUCUGCCGAAGAAAACUUCACGUAGAGUGCAUCGGUUUGCUAAGUUAGGUGAAUUAUACGUUGGUGACUUGAUACCGGAAGUGGACUUUGCGCUGUAUCCUGCUACCUCUAUUACAGAACUAGAACCACCACUACCGCCGCUUCUCUCUGAUAUACUGAUCAAUAACGGAGUUUUCAACUGCACUCCCAUCCUCUGCCCAGUUGCCAAUGACUUCUGGAUCUACAAAUCGGGUCGAAUGCCCCCGCGUCCUCAUCCACCAAUGCUUCUUGGCUACUCGGAUUUGCAGUUCUCCCCACCUGUUGACGCGAAAUUUUGUCAAAAGGCAUUGGCCGGAGAGGAAUUGAACACCGGGAGCCUUGCUAUGUUUAUCGACCCGAAUUUACGGAAUGAUUUUGUGGCAAAACCGAUCCUUCAAGUGUCUCCAUACUGGCUUUGUGUCGAUGACUCGGAAAUAGGUUGGAGGAAAAGCCAACUUGCUGAAGAAGCAAUGCAGAGUUCGCUAUCACAAAACACGAUACUACGUCGUAGUGAAAUUGUUUGCGGAAAUGCAAUGCUAUUUUAUCGAUCGAACGACUUGCUUAUUAUUCGGGUUCUGGUCGCUACUGCCAAACAAUUCGAGGCUGGAAAGGUAAAAUCUUGGGGUGUUUUCGAUCUUGAUGACCCAAGGCCGACCAACGGCGACAUUUUAUCGGAAGUUGCAACCGAAAACCUUUACGCCCUACCCGAAGCAUUGAGAUUAGCAAAUCUCCCAGCACGAAUAUUCCUAAGCAAGAUUGUCAACGAGGGCAUUCUUAACGAGCUCCAGAAGAAAAUCAACGACGAUAGCAAAGCGUGGAUGGUCGCGAAGCUAAUAGACAAUAGAUUGCAGAACCGAAUUGAAUUUGGGCAUGCCACUUUCCGAGAUGUUCCCGAAUGCUACUUCUACGUGCAAAGCGAGUCAAAGAAUAAA